GCUGUAAAGUCAUUGCAAAUUUCUUCUCUCGAAAGUCCUGUUUACCUAGAAAGUAAGCCAAUAAAAUACAAACAAGGCUACACAAGGUAGAUGCGAACAGUAUGUUCCCGGUAGUGUGAGACUGCAGAACCAACGGACACAGUUUAAGGAUGUGGGGUAAAUCAUCAGAUCAGGUGGUGUCUUCAACCAGAGAGUAGUGAGCCUGUUGAAUGCACUUCCACAGAAAAUAGUAGAGUCUAAAACACCGUUCAAUUUCAUGAAGGAAUUGGAUAAAGCAGUGGAGGCUGAAGGGAUCAAGGGAUUUGGAAGAAAAGUAGGAACGGGCCAUUGAGUUGGGUGAUAACCCACUAUUAUAAUGAAUGGCGGAGCAGGCUCCAAGGGUCGCCGGGCUUACGCUCCUAUUUCUAUGUUUCUAUGCCUACCUUGAAAGGAAGCGCUGGGACGGAGCUGUGUUGACACUAAUAAAUGGAACCUGGCGUCUAAGAGUUGACGCACCGGUUUAACAUAACAAGGAUGAAAAAUAGAAAAGCAAGGAGCAGUUAAUUUAGCAAAACCCGGUUUUAGCUGCACAAGACAGUUUAAAUUUUGUACCGAUUUGUACUAAUUGAAACCACAUUGUUAUGGUACGAUAAGAAGAAUUUAUGCGGUGCGGUUUAUCUUCUGUAAUUAAAUGCUGGUAGGGUUCUGGAAUCCUGUCAUACUUGGAUUAAACUUUCAGACGAACCACAUACACAGAGAGAUUUGGAGGCAGAGUGCUGCAUGGAUUCAGUGACAAAGUGUACACGUGAUUCCGAGUUCGUACCAAUACCUGAGGAAGUCGGAGAGAUGUCCUUGAUGAGGAAUACUAUAAAGAAAGCGGCUCCUGGAAGUGUGCUGUACCCCUACUCCAGACUGAGUUACCUCAAUGUGUUGGAGCAUCCCUGGACUCCGACAGGAAGGCUGCUUUGUCUCCGCUGUCUGACUCUGAGCCCAGCUCAAUCCGGCUCCCUGCGAGGCUCCAGCUCCUCGCUGCUGACGUUUGCCUUUUGAUCAUUUUUUUUAAAAAAAGAAGCAAUGCAUCAUUCCUCGCCAGUUUGUCUGUGAGAGAAGGCUCGUGGAUGGAGCGGCUCCCUUCUCCGAGGAGGCAGAACGGGCAAGGAAACAGCAGCGAGCUGCAGGAGAUACGCCUCGGGUUGGCAGCGCUGUCCGGCGGAGCAGGGACCCGAGAAGGAGCAAGUUCGCGCUAGAACCUCGCAAGAUGUUGCCGAAUGAUUCUGCCAGGCACCUGGCCAUUCUCGAUACUGCCAUGGAUGCUACCAAUUUUACUCGGAAUGGGACUUCAAGCGACACCCAAUGCAGUGCCAUCCUUAUCUCCUUCAUCUAUUCAGUGGUCUGUCUCGUUGGACUCUGUGGCAACUCCCUGGUUAUAUACGUGAUCCUCAGAUACGCCAAGAUGAAGACAGCCACGAACAUAUACAUCCUGAACUUGGCCAUCGCCGAUGAGUUACUUAUGCUCAGCGUGCCCUUCUUGGUAACCUCGACCUUGCUGGGUCACUGGCCUUUUGGUUCUUUACUCUGUCGGCUGGUCCUCAGCGUGGAUGCUGUCAAUAUGUUCACUAGCAUCUACUGCCUGACUGUCCUCAGUAUGGACAGGUACAUUGCUGUGGUGCACCCCAUCAAAGCCGCCAGUUACAGAAGACCCACCAUAGCGAAACUGGUCAACCUGGCAGUGUGGCUGCUCUCAAUCAUGGUCAUCGUGCCCAUCAUUAUCUUUGCAGACACAGCCAGCAACUCUGAUGGCUCGGUUUCCUGCAACAUACAGAUGCCGAAACCCACCAAGCGGUGGCUCGCCGGCUUCGUGGUCUACGCGUUUUUAAUGGGCUUUCUGAUCCCAGUGGUGGCUAUCUGCCUGUGCUACAUCCUUAUCAUUGUCAAGAUGAGAGUGGUGGCUCUGAAAGCAGGCUGGCAGCAGCGCAAGAAGUCCGAGAGGAAGAUCACCUUGAUGGUCAUGAUGGUGGUGACGGUGUUUGUGAUGUGCUGGAUGCCUUUCUACAUCGUCCAGCUGCUCGAUGUCUUUGUGGGGCAGCAGGACGCCACGGUCAGCCAGCUCGCCGUCAUCCUGGGCUAUGCCAACAGUUGUGCCAACCCCAUCCUCUACGGCUUCCUAUCGGACAACUUCAAGAGGUCGUUCCAGAGGAUCUUAUGCCUACGAUGGAUGGACAAUGUUGCGGAGGAACCCAUAGAUUAUUACGCCACAGCUCUCAAGAGCAGAGCGUAUAGUGUAGAAGACUUUCAACAGGAUCCAUCAGAAUCGAAUAGUAUGUAUCACAAUGGUACCUGUACCUCAAGGACCACCACCCUGUGAGUUAGCGCAAGGAAGGCAAUUGUAGUGGGGGUUGGGGGGAACAGCCCCACUGACUCCGGAGAAACCCCUCCCUGUGACAGUCUGGCCAAAGUUGUUUUUGUUUUGUUGGGCAGCUUUCUGCUGCUGUUUGCUGAAUUGUUGUGUGUCUGUUGCUUGAGGCUGACACCUGCUGUUUUCUCAAGGCCUCGACGUGUGCGCGGUUUCCUGUCCUAUCCGUCAGCAGCCUGUGCUGGUGAAGCUUCCCCCCUCUCGGUUCAAGGUAAAAUAUUGUCACACCUGAAGCACUCUGGAAGCCUCCUGGUUAAAUGUCAAGUGGGACCCAAGGUGGUUUUGUGACCAAAGAUUCCGCUUCCUUCAAAAGAUGUCGAACUGGGGCAUUUCUCAACUGUCUGAAAUCCACAACCAAAGCCCCCACCUCCACCCCACACGGUCUCACUGAACUCCACAAGUUAGUGCAGUUUCUAUGGCGAUUUUUUAAAAAAAGUGACUGGAUGGUCAGAGCCAGUUUGUAAUUUUAGCUGCAGAGGUACUCAAAGAAACAGCAGAAUAUUACUUCCGGAUUAUCCUUCGCUUCCGCUCAGUAUUGAACUAUUAUUCCAGCAAUUCUGGAAUAUAUCGUCUUUAAACAAUCAAAGUGGAUUUAAGUUGCGUCUUUCGACGUGUCCUAAUUGAGGGAAAAGCGUUUUGACGCACAAGAAUCUGAGCACUGAUGACAUGCUGAUCGUGAAUGAAUGAUUACAUAUUUAGAGGAUGAUGUGUUCUGCCCUGCAAUAGAUGAGAAGUGAUUUAUAGAAAGUUAUAGCUUCACACAGUGCACACAGUCCAGGCGGGCUUCCUUUUCGGAUUAGCUACUCUUCAUGCCUUUUAAAAUCUAUUUUAAAUUGUAUUAUUCACGGCGGAGAAGGGGUUGUCUUUCAACGUUAGAUAUUAAUCUGUUCAGUGCCAAACAAGGGUCUAAUGUAAACUUGAACUAAGAACAAGUCAUCAUAACAUACAAUUUGAAAAACUAAUGAGGCAUUUGAAUCUGAAUCCAGGAUUUUCCAUUGACAGUACUUGUAAUAGAUCUGCCUUACUGCACAGCGGUUCCUAUUUGGUCCAGCAAACAAAAAGAACCACGCACAAUGUAUAUUGCCAUUGGUUCUUGGUUAACCACAGCGUUGGCCGAAGUGACAAUCUGAUUUUACUAUUAGGACUCAGUUAAGUGGAUACACCAUUGUCGACCCCUUUACAGACCGUGUGUUCAAAGUAGCAGCGCCUGCACAUUUUUAAAAGUCACGCUUAAAAGGCCCAAUGAAAUCGUUCGGACAAUUUACCUGAUCACGUAUUACAGGAAGCCUAUUAUUAAAUGUCAUCUCAGUUAACCUUUCCAGCACGGGAUAUACUAUUGACUCAAAUCAAAGCUGAAAAGUCCACAGAUUCUACAGCUUUUCUAAAACUGAGAAAUUAAAGAAUUGGGUCAGUGUAUUUGCUCAAAGGAGAAGUGAAACACGCGGAAUGAAAAGAUGAGUUCAGACAAUAUAUACUUGGUUUGUAAGUGGGCUACAAUGUGUUGGGAAUGUUGUCCAAUGCCAUAUAUCCACUCAUUUCUGUUGUUCAAUCCGGCACUUCAUAUAGGGGGCGCUCAUGUCUGUGUCAUUAUUUAAAUCGAGUAUUAUUCAAUAUUUUAAAAUAUUAAAGAUCAAGUCUGUGUUAAGUAUUGUUAGUAAGUUUAAGACUGAAAUAUUUUAAUCAAAUUCACAGCUGAUUCUUUUCUUGCAAACAGCGGCAGUGUUUUAAUGGCAUCCGUCCAAACUGACGUUUCUUGGAAACGACAUUUACUCAUCUGAUCAAUGUCAAUAUAUGGCCAGUUGCGACCACGCUAACUGCACUUCCGGGUGAAUGUCUUAGGUUGUUAGCAUAUUUACAUAGUUCGUAACAAUAUGAUCAUGUAUCAUAUUUCUAAAUCAUCGCUGCUUUUCUUUUACAAAUUGCUUAGAUGCUUUUUCUAUGGCAUCAUUUACUUAAAGUUGCUAAGUAACUCACAGCAACAACUCGACAAAGAAGGGGAACAAAACUCCUAUUGCUCGAUAGUUUGAUUUGUUACUCUUUAUUGUACACUCACUGACAUACAAGAGCAAUACCUGAUCUAAUGUGGACAUUAGUCCUGUUCAGGAAAGUACACGUAGUAGCCUUUUAAAAAUCUGUUAUAAAAGAAAUCCACUCUUCCUUCAUGUCAAACCGGAUAAAUUGUGCAUUACCCUCGGUUAUAUAACAGUUAUGUUCGCCUACUGUACAGUUAACACACGUUGGUGUGAGAUGGCAAUUGUAGUGUGAGCGCCUCCUCGUGGCUCCUCAAUGUGCUGACGACUCACAUAUUUCACCAUUUUCCUUGGGAACGUUAACUUCGUUUUCACUGGCUGAUGGGCUUUCCACAAGGUGAUUCGCGUUUGUAACAAUUACAAUUUCCUCCGCGGCCUUAUUGUUCACGCGAGGAGCAGAAUCUGUGUUUUUCAGCGCCACACCAUCCUCGGUAGGUGCCGUUUUCUGGGUGCCUCCUCUCUCCCGUUCCCUAAUUAUUAUUAUCACAAUCCCGAUCAGAAGCAGCAUAACUAAGAGGCCGAUGACGAUCUGAUAGAUUAGGAAGGGCGAGUUUGAAUGAGUUUCCUGUCUUUCUUGUUCUGCACCCCUGAACGUUGGGGGAAAUGUCACUGUUGAAUUUUCAGCGAGUUGCAGGAAAGGACUUGUUGGAGCUUCAGUGGCUAAUGUUGAUCCGGGAAAAGAAAUGUUGGCUGCUACACUCUCUGUGCCUUUGAAAUCGUUCCUCAUUGAAGACUCAUUGAAGCAGUAAUUGCACAUGAAUGCCACGUUCUGGGAAGAUGACCACUUGAUUUUCCCGUUCUCGCGGUCACACUGCAAAACGACAGCCUUGCCAUUGGGGCAAUUGAUGAUAGCCACUGAACCUAGGGGUAAAACAGAUAAAACCUCAGUGCCGUUCUGUCGGGGUUUUUGAUACACCACCUCUCCAAAUUCAACAUUGAGACGCGCACACAUUUGGUAUUUGCAGAGGAAACCAUCAUUUCUUUUGCUACAUGCAGAGGUUUUCCAUUGCAGUUGGAUUUGGUUAGUGAAAUGCACUUGAAGUUGCACACAUCUCUCAUGUGUGCAUGUUCGCUGAGGUUCCACAAUCCAGGGACUGUAAGUGGAAUGGUCUUUCCCAUCGACCCAGUAGAAUCCACGGAGCGGCUUGUCAGGAUAGUAACAUUGCUUGACCUCCCUGCGGAGUCCUAUCCACAAGAGAUACCGUUGUGCUUUGAGUGGCACAUGAGCUGCCAAAAGCCGCUGGAUGUUCUCUGCUUCACUUUGACUUUCCAUUGUGCUCAGCAUUCCUCUCCUGUCCUCGCAUAGCUUCUCGGCGUCUGAAAAGGAGCGUGCAUCCAAAUGCAAACUGUAACACGUCCCAGCAUCGCAAAACGUUGAUGUUGUUUCCUGGGACCGAACCUCGGCAUUUUGCAAAUAAUUCUGUAACCAAAGUGAAAUGAACACUGAACGAAGCAUGUUAGGGCUCCCCGACAGAAGUAUUUGCGUUCGUGCAACUUUCUCAGACCGGGAGGCUCCCAAGUCGGUUAGCUUUGUGCACGCUUGACUCCUGCUUCCCGACUGUAAAAGAUCAAACUCAAAUACGCCCCAACCAUAAGGGAAGUCUGAUAACUGUAUUUAUGGCUUGUACAUCCUGUGGCUCGUUGACAGGAAGUUGGAAUUCCGUACUUUAAAGAGACCUUCUCCAGUACAAAGUUUUUACAAAUCUGGAGUGUUUAUCAAGCUUUGCAGAGUAUCUGGCAAAAUAUUUUGAAACACACAUACAAUAGGACUGUUGCUUCACAAUAUAAAGGAGCUAAAGACCCCGAGUAGCCGAAAUGGUAUUGGAGAGGACACGGCUUACGGUGUAGCAUUGAAACAAGAGAACGGUUCAGUAGCUUUGAGGUUAAAAUAAGAAUCGGAGCCCUCUAACAACACAAUUUUGCAUCAAAACCAUUCAUGUUACAUCUGUGUUAGGAUAACUGUCAGCUGGUGACAAAGAAACAACAACACAAGUAGAGAUGUUUUAAGAAGGAAUAUAAAUAUGGUACAAAACUUUUGGUUGAACAACUAGGCAUUAGAUAGAAAUAUAGAGCUAACAAGGUGUGGAGCUGGAUGAACACAGCAUGCAAAGCAGCAUCAGAGGAGCCGGAAAGCUGAUGUCUCAGGCCUAGGCCCUUCUUCAGAAAAUAUAUACUGCUUUGUACACAGCAGGUUUUGCUGUAAGUUUGAUACCUCAGUUCAGUAACAACUACACCCCUGUCUAAAGCAUAAAUGCCUUUCCCAAGCUAUCAGUUUUGAAGAAGGGUCACUGGGCUCCAAAGUUAACUCUGCUUUCUCACCACAGAUGCUGCCAGACCUGAGUUUCUUCAACAAUUUCUGUUUUUCUUUCAAGAAGUAGCAUCACUUCCUUUGAACAACAAACAUUACAGGCAGCUAAGGACAAAAGACCAGCUAGACAAUGCAUGCAGUCCCAACUAAAUCAUUCAAUUCAGAUAGGCCUGCAAUCAGGCUCCUCAGUCACACUAGAACAUACACCAGAUGGCUGUCUCAGAUGAACACAAGGAAUAGUUAUCAUCAAGAACAAAGAGAAACAAAGAAUUAUUAUGAUAAGAAUUGUCAGCUGUAGAUGGAGGCAUUGCUGAAGGCUUGCCAUGUGACAUUCUGGCAAUGUGGUGUUUGCCAAUAUUAUCGCCAUUACUAUGCCAUCACAGGCACAUUGCUAAUGGAUCUCACAGCUGCUUCUGGUAAUGUGGCACAUGGGCCUUCUCUUAAAGAUGUGCAGAAUGCUUCUUGCUUGGGUCACCAAGCUGGCAAAAACUCCUUUGCAGCAGCUGAUUCAGAGUCAAUGUUGGGUAAAGAAAAAGUACAUGGAGAAGUCAAGGCAAUAGAUUAGCAUGAAGCUAAAUGUGAACACCAGUUCCAAUAUAUGUACGAGUGGCCUGCCAGCCAACUCUUCCUGCAGAUUUAACUAUACUCAUGACACAUGUGCCAUCCAAGCUUUAUUCUUUUGCACUUUUAUUCUUAAAAAGUUGACAACUAGAGAAAAAAAAUGGUGUCUCAUACUGGAUCCCUCCAAAACCAUGUGUAUUGUAUUUCCACCUGCAUAAUUCCAGUGCCAAAAAAGAAUUGUUUGCUCGUACACAAAUAACAGGAACUAAAGAAUGAUCCCAACUCAACAUAUUUUGGAAUGAGAUAACACAGUGUG